AUGUCGUCGCCAGUCGCCUUGAGGAGUACCUACAGUGACUCUACUGGCGCACCAAAUUCGAUGGUUGAUACUAGAGAGUCGUUCUUUGAUGCGCCUGAGUUGCAGAGUGCUUCAUCACCUAACGACAAGCAUCUGAAUGAGGUGCUUAUUAACAAGGUGAUCGCCAAAGGCAAUGACCCGAUCGAUUUGCUUUUUGAGGCCGCAGCGGGAACUUCUCAAGAGAGUUCUAGUUAUUCGGAGCAUGGGGAUACUGAACGCCAGCCUUACCAGAGCGCUGCGACAUUUAUUGGUGGAGGUGGGAACAAUGCAGCCGUGAUCAACGGAUCAUGGCCUUCCUCUCGUGAUAAUAUUGCGCAGAAUUCACCCGCUGAUGCUAGUUCGUUGUCUGCCUGGAAUUCGUCCAAAUGUGUGACGAUGGGAUUUCUAUCUGCAGAUGAAGCUGUGUCUUUUGUCGAUGCAUUCUUCCAAAAUCUGGCACCUCAUACUCUUAUCUGGACCGAGCACUUCAGUCAAGACAAAAUAUACCACCAGAUCCUACCAGAGGAGCCUUUGCUCAGUGCCACCAUCCUCAUGAUCUCGACCCGCUAUCACGUUCUGCAUGGAAGCGCAUCGAGGGCCCUGGCGAUCUAUGAUGAAUUGUGGAAAUAUGUCCAGACAUUAAUACAAUGCAUUUGCUUUGGCCAGAGCAAAAUCUCCGGACAUAUAUUGCGUUCAAUAUCUUCGAUCGAAGCACUCCUCCUUCUUUCAGAAUGGUAUCCACGAGCCAGCCAACCUAGAACCACGAAUAAUGCGUGGGACGUAGACGAGCUCCCUCUGGACCAUAACGUGAAUGCUUUGCCCUCAAGCUCGAAAUCUUGGCUGGAAGAUAUUUUGGAACCUACAAAACAGGCUGAUCGCCUGUGCUGGAUGUUACUAGGCACUGCACAGUUACUCGGACACGAGCUCGGCGUUUUUGCCUCGCACGAACAUCGAGACCAAGAGGAACCUGGACCAAAUUCAGACCUUUUGCGAAAGCUGAGAAUGCAGGAAAUAUUGUGCAUCUAUGUCACUCAAAUUGCUGCAAGGCUUGGGUUUCAUUCCAUGAUUGCAUCUUCCUGCAGUCACGCAGUUCUCAGCAAAUUCACCAAACCGACACACAGGGUGACUGGGGCAUGGAUAGAUCUGAUGAAGCUCACAAAAUCUAUCCAUGGGCUCCUCUUCUCAUCCGAAGCUCGGACGCGAGAGCUCUUACAGUCCCAAGGCUACGUUGAGCUCCUAGAGCACUUCCAGCCGCUGCUUGAGCUAUGGCAUCAACAGAAUCUGGAUGACCAUAUCGAUGUUCGAGAUCCAGCUACAAAGUCCCGGGAACCACUUCGAAACAUCCUUUUCAUCGAGUAUCAUACAGUGAGGAUGUACACGAAUUCUCUUUCCAUACAAGGAAUGAUCCAACACACUCUUGGCCAGGACACUCUUAGACCUUGGCGAUAUACGACCUCCAACUUUUCAGCCACCAAUCUCGAACAGGAGCCUGGAUUUCAUUUUGUUCAGGAAGUAAUCCAAGAUGCUAGGCAGAUUCUCGAACGGGCUAUUGCGCUAGCACAGGCUAAUCUUCUUCGCUUCCACCCUGUUCGGGUGUUCCACCGCGUGAUCGGCGCUUCUAUCUUCAUACUUAAAGCGGUGAUUCUUGGUAUCCGGAGCAUCAAGGCUGACACAGGGGCCCAACCUGUUAGUCUGCCUGGCCUUCUUGAGCGGACCAUCGAAGCUCUAAGAGUGUCUGCGGUCGAUGAGUUUCAUCCGGCCGCGUCCUAUGGUGUCCUCCUGGAACGCCACUUCACAAGCACUCAGUCGAAGAGCACCUCAUUAGGUCCGGUCAAAAGCUUCAGGUCUGCAGAUAUACCUGGAAACGAUCCACCAGUUCGGUCGACCGAUCCAACCGAGACCUGGUACUUUGACAUGUUCAACCCGUAUGCUCAACUCGAUCUCUGGCAGGAAUUUGAAAACUUGCAAGACCUCGACUUGUCCUAUGACUUUAGAGACUAUCAGUUCUGA